AUGGCUGAUUAUAUUCCGAAAGAGUUGGGAUUGGUUUUUUUCGACUCCUUGUGUGGAAAUGAAGCACGCCGUAGGGGAGAAGGCCUGCUUACGUUUUUCUGGGAAAACCUCAGAUGCCAUGGAAUUCCUUUGCCUGAUGAGGAACCAUGUUUAAGCCGGGCAGCCAGGGAGGAGCUUGUUGAGCCAAAUUUAACCGUGGCUCAAUUUUUUCGAAAUAAAGGAAGGGCCUUGACACACCCGGACCUCCCCUGCAUUAUCAUUAAGGGGGGAAUCCGUGGCUCGUCAAGAAAGAGCCGAAGACAUGCUAGAGUUGUUGGACACCAGUGUUGGAAGGUGGGAGAGUCCCACAAGAGCUUCUUUCCAUUGGAGCAAAUCAUUUACGAUCCGACUGAACCGGAUCCAAGUUUUGGAGGAAAUGCGGCCACGGGUUUCACCCCGCCAAGCUCACCGCCACCAGAAUUACCACCAGGAGAAGGCCCAUCAACUGAGGAGGAACACGCAAAAGAAAAGGAAAACAAUGAGCUUAAAAUUAGCUUUCCGCGAGGAGGACCCCCGAUUCGCGCGCUUUCAAUUUUAUUUGCUAUUGCGGUUUUUACCGUUUUUAUUAAUGGAAAUUUCGCUUGUUGCUUUAACUCACCCGAUAUUUCUCUCUCUCCUUUUAAUUCUUUCUUGCCUAUAGAAAUGAAAAAAAAUUCUACUGACAACAGCAACAGUAAAGCUAAUAAAAAGGCAAAGGAGAAUCUUUAUUUAGAGGUUUUCGGUCCACCAACUUCGGCUGCGCAGCAGCAAGAAAUGGAACAACAUUUAAAAGAAAUUAAUGUUGAGCAACUUCUAGAAAUUGGAAAUAAACCAGCUAUUGCGGUGGCACCAGAAGAGUUGGACAACGAAAGUUUUAAUUCCACCACCAGUACUUUAUUGAAAGCAACAUCGGAAAUUAUUAAAAAUAAAGAAAUUAAUCAAAUUAAUUCUGCUACUCAAAAUGGAAAACAAAUUGUCGAGAAACAACAAGAAAAGAAAGAAUCGCCCGCAGCAGCAACUAAACAAAACUCAUUGGUUGUUUCUGUAGGUGAGGGAAAAAUUGAAUUGGGGGAGAGUAAUAAAGGGAACAUUUUAAUGCCAGAUCUGAAGGCUAAGUUGGAAAAAGAGCGUUUAAAACAAGAGAGGCAAAACCAGAAAAAUCAAAGCCUCGUUGAAGCGUUCUUUUCCUUUGCGCAGAAACUGACUGCUCAACAAACAGUAGUCAACGCGCCAGCAGCCAUGGGGGGAGUUUGUGAAAAGACCGCCACUCAUAAGGAAGCGGUCAAUAAAUUUGCGGUGGCCACUCCCGCUGAAUCAAAGUGGAAAUGUUCUUCUUCAUCUGGGCGUUCUAACAGUGGAGAAAGAGAAAAGACUUUAGGUGAGCAAGAUCGGGGAGAUCGCGUUGAGUCUAAUGACCGUUAUUCCCGUUCAGGUUCUGGGCGUUCACAUUGGGGAGUUUCUGAUCAACAUACAGAAACUCUGCGAAAGGUCCGAACUACCACGGGUCAACUUUGCGGUCAGAUUUCUGAUGCAAUUCAUUCUAUGGAAUCUGGUCGAGCCAAGUUGACGAAUGAAGAGGAACAUGACUUACUUGCUAUUGAUGGGGCCGCGAAGAGACUGAUGAAAUCGAUUCAUAUUGCAUUUGGACACUCACGUCGUUCUCGAUAA